CAAAUACUAGGAGACCUCACACAGCGGCUGAGGGUGUCCCACGUGCGUCCAACAUGCGAUGCACAAAGGUUCCAACUGCAACUGCUCCCAGGUAGGUGGAGAGAAGCCUGGAUAAACACGUGACUGAACUCUGAGCUCUCUGAAGCCUGCAAUCCUCAGUUCAGCUGAAAUCAGGAUGCCUGCGACCUGGAUCCUGGAGCCCGCGGGCCGCUGCAGCUGGGACGAGCCCGUGCGCAUCGCCGUGCAUGGCCUGGCCCCGCGACAGCCCGUCACGCUGCGCGCGUCCCUGCGCGACGAGAAGGGCGCGCUCUUCCGGGCCCACGCGCGGUACGAAGCCGACGCCGGCGGCCUCCUGGACCUGGAGCGCGCGCCCGCGCUGGGCGGCAGCUUCGUGGGGCUCGAGCCCAUGGGGCUGCUCUGGGCCCUGGAGCCCGAGAAGCCCCUGGAGCGGCUCGUGAAGCGGGACGUGCAGACGCCCUUCGCCGUGGAGCUGGAGGUGCUCGACGGCCACGAGCCCGACGCGGGUCGUGUCCUGGGCCGGGCGGUGCACGAGCGCGAGUUCCUGCGGCCGGGCGUGCGGCGGGAGCCGGUGCGCGCGGGCGGGUUGCGCGCCACGCUCUUCCUGCCCGCAGGUGCAGGACCCUUCCCUGGGAUCAUCGAUCUGUUUGGAUCUGGUGGUGGCCUUUGUGAAUAUAGGGCCAGCCUCCUGGCUGGACAUGGUUUCGCUGUGCUUGCUUUGGCUUACUUCAGAUUUGAAGACCUCCCUGAGAAUUUGGAAGCUUUGCACCUGGAGUACUUUGAAGAAGCUGUGAACUUCAUGCUGCAGCAUCCCCAGGAUCCUUUGGAACAACUAACAAUCGUUCAAAUGAGAGAUUUAAAACAUUUCAUAGUUGAGGGUAAGUGGCUUUUCUUUUCUUUUCUUUCUUUUUUUCUAAAGAGUCUAAAAGGUAGUAGCAAGUUUACAUACUGGGGAUCAAAUAGCUGAAUUGAAACAAAAUUAACAAAUUCUCAGUUAUUUUAAUGUUGUAAACCUGUGGUUGGAAAAAUCCAUUGCUGGAAUAAUUGAGGACCUAUGCGUUAUGUCUUUUUCAUGGUUUGCUUUAGGCUUUCUAAAAGUAAACUUGAGUCCUGAGAUGCUUGAGAUUUUUCCAAUUUUAAAAAGAGCAGAUCAAGGUAUGUCAAGUUAUCUGAAUGUUAAGAAAACUAUACUGUAAAAACCGCUACCUAAACAUAUACAUCCUGGCUUUCACUUUGGUGACUAGGUGUGCCUUAAUUUCUUUCUAGAUUUGAAAAUUUAGAAUGGCCUUUUGCACUGGAAUUUUAGAUUUCUUAGUUUGGUUUAUAUUCUAAUGUUCUUGCCCCUCAAUCCGUUUUUAUAGAUUUAUCUGGGACUUUUAUUGGAAUAACACAGAAGAAUAUAUCUGAAAAAUACUAGGAGGGAAUUGGCUGAGACAUUCCUCUCUUGGAAUGGUGAAUGAAUAACGUAAUCUACCACAGGAAUGUUGAAAGAGAAAUGACAUCAACAUCAGAAGGAAAUAGUUUGACACUUUACUCUCUUUCCACUGUGAGGGAGCAAGAAUUUACUGUCCCCUUCAAAGUCUCUCUAGCUGUAUUAAGAAUCAAAUUGACAUGACACAGAUUAAUAGAAGAAAAUGAAACUUAGCUUUUUAUAUAUGGGGAAUCCACACAGACAUGGAAAUUCAAAAGACAGUCAGGCAAAACGAAGUAUAUAUGUCAUCCUGAACUAAGGAGAAAAGGUUUGGGGUCUAGGACUUUGAAGGGAAGGAGUGCAGCUCACAGAGCAAUAAGAAGACCAGAUGUUUGAAAAUUAGAUUUUUUUAAAAAAAGAUUUUAUUUAUUUAUUUGCCAGAAACAGAGGGAGAGAGAGCGAGCAAGCACAGACAAAGAGGCAGGCAGAGGCAGAGGGAGAAGCAGGCUCCCCGCCAAGCAAGGAGCCCGAUGCUGGACUCAAUCCCAGGACCCCGGGAUCAUGACCUGAGCCGAAGGCAGCUGCUUAACCAACUGAGCCACCCAGGCAUCCCUGGAAAUUAAAUUUUUGCCCUGCCAUAUGGAUGGCACUCAGAUAAAAUUUAUCUCUGGUAGUAAACCUCAUUCUGGGAAAUACCCCUAACGUAGAUUUAUCCACAUUACUGGGGCUCCUGGGUAGCUUGGCUGGUUAAGGGUCAAACUCUUGAUCUCAGCUCAGGUCUUGAUCUCAGGGUCAUGAGUUCAAGUCCCAUGUUGGCCUCCAUGCCUGGUGUGGAGCCAAGCCUAUCUACAAAACAAAAAUUAAUUAAAUAUAAAUAAAUAAAUAGUCACAUUCCAGAAUAGAAUAAUCAGAAAACAAUGAAAAAUUAAUAAAUCUAAAAAACAAAUCAAAUAACUUAAAUAUUAAAUUAAAUAUUAAACUCCAUUAAUAUUUAAAUUAAUUGUUUAAUUAGAUAUAAAAUAUUAAAUAAUUGAAUAGAUAAAAAUUUAUUUUAUAUAUAUAUAUGUGUGUG